GGCGGGCAGCCAUGGAGCCGCGGGCGCUGGUCACGGCGCUCAGCCUCGGCCUCAGCCUCUGCUCCCUGGGGCUGCUGGUCACGGCCAUCUUCACCGACCACUGGUACGAGACCGACCCCCGGCGCCACAAGGAGAGCUGCGAGCGCAGCCGCGCGGGCGCAGACCCCCCGGACCAGAAGAACCGCCUGAUGCCGCUGUCGCACCUGCCGCUGCGGGACUCGCCCCCCCUGGGGCGCCGGCUGCUCCCGGGCGGCCCCGGGCGCGCCGACCCCGAGUCCUGGCGCUCUCUGCUGGGGUUCGGCGGGCUGGACGCCGAGUGCGGCCGGCCGCUCUUCGCCACCUACUCGGGCCUCUGGAGGAAGUGCUACUUCCUGGGCAUCGACCGGGACAUCGACACCCUCAUCCUGAAAGGUAUCGCACAGCGAUGUACAGCUAUCAAGUACCACUUUUCUCAGCCGAUCCGCUUACGGAACAUUCCUUUCAACUUGACCAAGACAAUACAGCAAGAUGAAUGGCACCUGCUUCAUUUAAGAAGAAUCACUGCCGGCUUCCUGGGCAUGGCUGUCGCCGUCCUGCUCUGCGGCUGCAUUGUGGCCACCGUCAGCUUCUUCUGGGAGGAGAGCCUGACCCAGCACGUGGCCGGACUCCUUUUCCUCAUGACAGGAAUAUUUUGCACCAUUUCCCUCUGCACUUACGCCGCCAGCAUCUCCUAUGAUCUGAACCGGCUCCCCAAGCUGAUUUACAGCCUGCCUGAUGACGUGGAGCACGGCUACAGCUGGUCUAUCUUUUGUGCCUGGUGCAGUCUAGGCUUUAUUGUGACAGCUGGAGGUCUCUGCAUCGCUUACCCAUUUAUCAGCCGGACCAAGAUCGCACAUCUAAAGUCAGGCAGGGACUCCACGGUAUGACUGUCCUCACUCAAGUUCACAGCUCGGUGGCCAGUCUACAGUGCAGAUGACUCUUAAAGGGGUCAGACCGGAGUUCGAGUCAGGACCCCAAGCACAAAACAAAACGGUCUUUUACAUUCCAGCCUGUUGCCUGCCAGCCCCUUCUGGAUGACUGAUAUCAAAUCAUGCAAAACCUCCAUACCUUUCUAAGGACAAGACGACUGUGGAUUCAAGUGUUCAAGUGCUUUAAUGACUCUUUAUGCUUUGACUCUGAGGCAUGGGGAGCAGUGCUAUGGAACAUUUCUGGGUUUUAAAGAAAAAAAGGAAACCGCAGUGGAAACAUUUGUAUGAUUGCUGUUUAUUUCAGAAAGUUUGUAUAUAACAAUUCCCCGAGUGUCGUUUCUAUUGGCAAAAGGACUCCUAACAAAGCAAGUGUAAUUUUCUUGUCAUCAUACCAUGCCUGUUCAAUUUUAAUGCAGCACCUUCAGAACUUGUCCUAAUGGUGUCUUGUUGUGUCAGCACCAAAUACUUGUGCAUUACUUGUGGAUGUUCCUUGUCACAGGGAGAUUCUUCUGUUGCUGCCUUAUGUAUUUAUUUUUAAUUGAAGUCUCUUCCCCGUCCUUGUACUGGAAUCAAAAAUCAUAAGAAAACCCAAUCAACCGUGGAAGAGCGAAUCUGUAACACUAUGCAGUAUUGCUUGAAGUCCUAUCUGUCGUUCAGCCUGUCUCUUUAUGUUAACUGGAUUUCUGCAUUAAAUGACUGCCCCCUUGUUAA